AUAAAUUAGGGCAGUUCAACUUCAACAAUUACAACCCAAAAUCUCUCUCUCUUAUAACAACUUCAAAUUUUCUUGCUCAUUUUCCCAAGAAAAUUGCAAAUGUUUAGCUCCAAAACAACUCUUGUUUUGAUACUCUUUUGCUUUGUCUUAGUCCAUGAGCUGGAGAUGCAUAUGGUUGAAGCUGAAAAAAUAGAUUGCAAGUCAAAAUGCAAUUACAGAUGCAGCAAAGCUUCGAGGCAGAAAAUGUGCAUAAGGGCUUGCAACACUUGCUGUAAAAGAUGCAACUGUGUGCCUCCUGGAACUUCUGGCAACACUGACGUCUGCCCUUGCUAUGCCACCAUGACCACCCAUGGUGGCAGGCUCAAGUGCCCUUAAUUAAAUCCUGAAAAAAUUGCAAAUAUGAUAUGAUCUUUUAACUUUAUUUUUCUAUCCGUUCAUUCGUCUGGAUCCCGUGGUUUAUUAAUAAAAUGCAAGAUAAAAAUUUAAGUUAAAAGAUCCCCGCUCUCGUUAGUUGUUUCUACGAUUUUAGAGAAAAAUAAGGUUUAGAGACCUUGCUGUUUUAUGUAUGUCUUCUUCACAAAUUAUCUGUAAUUAGUCAAGCUUGAUGUUUAAAACAAUCUUAAUUUGGUUUGAGAAGUAUGAGUAUUUUCUUU